AUGUCGGGUACAUCAGACAUGUCUGAAGCAGUUGUUCCGUGGCCGAAUAAGAAAGAUGAUUACUACUUGGAGGAUUCUAUUGGCGUGGGAGCUACUGCGACUGUUUACAAGGCUUUGUGUAUACCGCGGAAAGAGUACUGUGCUAUAAAAUGUAUCAAUUUGGAAAAGUGUCAGACAUCGGUUGACGAGCUUUCACAUGAAAUACAGGCAAUGUCACUUUGCUCGCAUCCUAAUGUUGUUAAUUACUUUACUUCAUUUGUGGUAGAGGAACAGUUGUGGGUUGUGAUGCGCUUGCUGAACUGUGGAAGUAUGCUUGAUAUUUUGAAAAGAAGAAUAAAGGCUAUGGGAAAGGAGGCAGCGUCGAUGGGCGUUUUAGAUGAAGUAACCAUCGCAACAGUACUGAAAGAAGUUCUUCGUGGUCUUGAAUAUUUUCACAGCAGCGGGCAAAUUCAUCGAGAUAUCAAAGCAGGCAACAUUCUCAUUGCGGAUGAUGGCACUGUUCAGAUUGCAGAUUUUGGCGUUUCUGGUUGGAUUGCUGCAAAUGGAGGGGAUUUGUCUCGUCAGAAAGUUAGGCAUACAUUUGUUGGUACACCUUGUUGGAUGGCUCCGGAAGUUAUGGAACAAAUUUCCGGAUAUGAUUUCAAGGCGGAUAUAUGGAGUUUCGGCAUUCUGGCCAUCGAGCUGGCCACUGGGACUGCACCUUAUCAUAAGUUUCCGCCGAUGAAGGUGCUUAUGCUUACCUUGCAAAAUGAGCCACCCACUUUAGAAACCAAUGCUGAAAAGAAAGAUCAGUAUAAGGCAUAUGGCAAGAGUUUUCGACAUGUAAUAAAAGAUUGUUUGCAGAAGGACCCGUCUAAACGUCCAACAGCCACAGAGCUGCUGAAGUACUCAUUUUUUAAAAAAGCUAAGGAUAAGAAGUACUUGGUACAUUCGUUAAUUGAAAAUCUUGCUUCUCUUCCACCGCCCUCUCAUGUAACUUCUGGGAAAUUAAAGAAAGAUAAGGACGGCAACUGGGAAUUCGAAUUGGACGAUCCUAGUGAUUCUGAUAGCGAUGAACUUGACUUACCUAACACUGCUGCUCAAGCUGCACCUCCUCCAGCAGUUGCAGAAAACACCCUUAAUUUGGUCUUACGUGUUCGCAACAGUGCUCGAGAGUUAAACGAUAUAAAAUUUGAUUAUACAGCCAGCGUCGAUACGGUUGAAGGAAUAGCACACGAGUUAGUAACUGCAGAACUUAUUGAUGGCCAUGACCUUGUGGUUGUUGCUGCAAAUCUCCAGAAAUUGAUCGAUUUAGCGCAGCAAAAAAGUGGCCGUAAGUCGGUGACCUUUGCGUUAAAUUCUGGAGUACCUCCUAACGAGGUUCCAGAUGAACGCACUCUUGUCGGUUUUGCUCAAAUAUCACUUCUUGACUGA